AUGGAUACAAAGGACUACAGAAGUAAACUUCAGGCCGAGAUGACUGACAAUGCCACUUAUAUGGAGGUGAACGAAGAUAGAACAAAAACUAUUGAAAAGAAAGUGAAAAAGAUGGCAGAUGAUAUGUGCAAAAAAGGAUCAAUUUCAAAAGAUUUAAAAGGAUAUUUGACGUCGUCUGUUGGUACAUCGGGUAAACUGCAAGGUAAUCCGAAACUGCAUAAAACAGGGGUGCCAUUGAGAACAAUAGUAAAUGGGAGAAAUCAUCCUACGGAGAAAAUGGCAGAAAUAGUAGAAAUGGAGCUACGCGCCCAUGUGACAUCACUUCCUUCAUAUAUUAAAGACACCACUGAUUUUUUAAGAAAAUUAGAGAAUAUUAAACAACCACUUCCGGCAGGAACAAUUCUUUUCUGUUUAGACGUGAAAGCACUGUACCCAAGUGUCCCACGAGCAGAGGCACGAGAUGCGGUUGCACGUGCAUUAAAUCAACGUGCCAACCCUAGCAUACCCACAGAAGAUGUUCUGAAUAUGAUGGACACUGUCCUUGAAAAUAACACUAUUUCAUUUGAUGGAAGAAAAUUCACACAGACAGAAGGAACAGCGAUUGGCUCACGAUUAGGGAUGAAUUACGCAUCUACAUAUCUUGGAUCAUGGGAAUCACAACAGAUAAACUUCCGCUUGAGUAUUUCCGGUAUGUUGAUGACGUUUGGGGCCUUUGGAUUCACGGUAUCGAGUCGUUAA